CCUGAUUCAGAACGCAGCACCUUUGAAAACCCAAAUCUACAGGCCAUCAAGGCGUACUACUACCAACUAUCACAAACAUCACCCCACCGACCCGUUCCCUUGCAGAACAUAUGGCCAACUUUGCCCAGCACCGUUUCUGACUCCCAACUUCUUCAUAGCUCUAUAGAUAUCGACAGCCAAUUCUGCUUCAUCCCACCGGCUCCUCCCUCCACCACGAACGGUGUGGUCACAGCCAAGGCUCCCGUCAGAAUGAGCCAAGUGGACGACACACACACUCAAGAGCUGUCUCCUUCCCAUUUCGACUCAUACAUUCAUAAAAGUCGGAGUGCGAGGCACUUGGAGGGAGGUGCUGGCCCCAACGACAACUCCGACAACGACAAUGGCCUGCAGCGGCAUGAGACACAGUUCACACUUCACGAGGGCGAUGAAGGCCACAUAGAUCUGAUUUCGAGCUUUGAGCAGAGAUUGGAAGGCGCCCAAGAUCUUGAGUCCGAGCCAGCCGCUGGCGACUUCUCUCCGACCCAGUCUGGGUGUGCCAUUUCCCAGUUCCCUGAAUCGCAACGCUUCAAGACUCCUGCUACUGCUGGGAAGAAGAGACGGUACAAUGGAGAUAUGGUACAUACCCCCUAUCUGCCUCAUAAUCCCCUCCGUCAAGUGACUGCACAGAGCAAUGGCAAUGUCAUGAGGCUCAGCCAGGCUUUUGCUGCCACUCAAGCAGAUACCUCGCCCCUCUUGCACAAUGGCCUAGUUGACCUGCAAUCUGACCGCCCUUCGCCCAAUAUCGAACUGCAACCACGACCUGUUACUGCAGCCACUUCUUCUCCUCUGCGCAUGCUCCCGGAGUUUACACGUGCUUCCACAGAGCCAGCUUCCCGUUACAUCUCCGUAAAGCAAUCCCAGGCAGAACGCGAAAAGCAGGCCGAGAUCCAAAGGCAACAAGAGCUCGCCGAGUAUAAUGACGAUUCAGAUAAUGGCUUGGCCGACGAGCAGACCCAAAUUAUAAGAUCGAGGAGGCGCGGCGGCAUCGAACAAAGAGUACGCUCGACUUUGAGACAAUUGUCUUCACCUUCCAGACGAGCGAAUCAAGGGCCGCCAGCCACCAAAUCAUCCCCAGUACGUCCUUCCAUUCAGCACUCGCCCAUACAGACUCUACUGGCAACUCGUGUUGGAUACACCAUUGUAUCUAGUCCUCCUAGCAAUGAUGUUGUCGAGCUUGAUAAUGAUACCGAAGUCGAAACGGAGCAAGAGGACAACGCCGAUAUUGCUGUAACAAGGUCCAGUCAAGGAGCAGUUGCACUGGACGUCGAAGACAAAGAAAACUUCUCCGAAACUGGAAGUGAAGUCCCCGAGACUACAGCAAGGCUUCACCAGAUUCUCAACUGUUUCUCGACCCACGUGCAAAACAGCCCUUCCUUAAGGCGAUCGAACAGGUGUACUAACACUUCCCGUAAUGCGUUGGAUAGCUCGGAACCCAUUGCGGUGGCCAACUCUCAACCUUCGCAACUUCAAAGACAACGCCAAAUAUGGUCAACUUCACCAAAGCGGGCCGCUAGCGAUGGGAUUGAUUUUGUCCCACAAUCGCCAACGGCUUCUCCACAACCGACACUCGAAGCAAGGCCGUUGAUGUCUCUACACCAUACAGAGAGAGAGGAUGACGCGUUAGCAACAGCGGACGAAGGCCCAACAUUGGUAGAUCAACUUCCCACCGCUAUUGAGCCUCUUUCUGAAGAUAUCAACAACGAAAUCUCGUGCAAUCCACACAGCACUAUUCCGGAGACGAGCUCAAAUGGGCAAUAUGUUCAGAACAAUUCCAGUCAACCCUGGGAGCGUCGAAACCCGAGCGAAGGUAGUACACACAACCAAUUCGAAACUGCAGAGUCUCAUCUUCCACCCUCUACCAACCAUAAACAACCGUCGAACGUAGUAGAUCUGAGUAGUCCUCCUGUCAAUACCACUGCACCCGGACAAAAGAGAAAACGGUUGACCGACAUCGCGGCUGAGCCUUCGCCCCAGAAGUCCCAGUCUCAGCUUAGCUUCAAUGCCAGCGAGGCUCUUCAAGUAGAUAUCGACCUCCAAGUUGGGCCAGAGGUUAGCACAGGUGAGCUCCUGCCAGAUAACCCUUCACUACAACGCAGACGUGCUGUCAUGUCCCCUUCUGGAGAGAGUCCAAAGAAGAACGAGGUUUCUCCCUCUAGAGCUGAUGAGCUAUCUCAAACACCUCUAUCUCGUAAGCAUGCUGGAUCUACAAACACAGAAUCGGAUGGUCCCGAAUCCACCAAGAAGUUUACAAAACGGCGCAAAAGUUACCUUCGCAGAGAUAGGAAGCUCUCGUCCGAAUCAUUGAGUGCUUUGAAAGCAAAUCUUGGGGUCAAACCGCGUACUCCGCGAUCAAGUGUGUGGGAUAUCAUAGCCUCUCCUCCCCAGAAAACUGGCCCUGCGACGGAAUCCCUGAAAUCUUUCUCUGCUCUCAUCGAAGAGCCUCAGACUUCAAGCAGAAGCAAACAAAAAGGCCGCAGACUUGCCAAACAUACGAAAAAGGAUAUGGUAUCAGAACCACCAGCUACCACCUCCACCGAGACGGAGCAACCUAGUCAAUCUCUGGAGUCCACCGCGCUGAAUGAUGGCCAAUGCGGACCGAUGACCCCAGUAAUUACUGACCCUAUUCUCGCCCCGAACAUGGUAUUUGCUUGCUUCAUUGGCAAAACUCGAGCUUAUUUUCCCGCGUUGUGUCGCGGCCUCUCAGGUGGAGAGAGUAAACGAUUCUUGAUUCAGUGGGAAGGGUAUGAUCUAGAUGAGAUUGAUGAACACGGUGUCCGAAGUCUUGACUUGAGGGUCGGAGACCUUGUCAAAGUUGAUUUGGAAGGCUUCCCAAAAGUAUCGUACGUUGUCAGAGGCUUUCGACACAAGAUCGGGCCUGAAACGCCAAAAGCUGGUCUCCCUUUUAUCACUGACAUUCGAGGGUACAAGACCGCCAUGGUAGCACCAAAGCAACGCAAGAGCCUUCCAGCAGAAAUGUCGACAGAGGCCGUGAAAGAAGUACCCCUCUCGGCGAUCUAUCUGGACAGCAUCAUGUGGGGACAAAUGAAAGGUCGAAUGUUCGAAUUCAAGCUCCCUCCAGAAAACUCUUACUUUCCACACUUCAGUCCUCCAGCUGAACGGACAACAAACCCCAGCACUCCGAUCUCACGACUCCGUCGAGCACAGGCAACUGGGGCUGCUCUUGUUCCUCCGAGUGGACUAUUUGCCAACAUGACGUUCGCAAUGUCAUAUGAUGACAAGUCUCGAAAGAGCUCCCUCGUAGACCUUGUCAAAACAAAUGGUGGGCACAUCGUGAAUGAAUCGUUUCAGGAAUUACUAGAACCUGAGAGUCUCCAUUUGAAAGCUCAUUUUGCCAGCUACACAUUUGCAGCAUUACUCACCGACAGUCAUUCCACAAAGAAAGCAAAAUACCUGCAAGCUUUAGCCCUAGGGAUACCUUGUUUAAGUGGUAAAUGGAUCGAUGCGUGCGUCGGGGCGGGCGACGUUGUGGACUGGACACAUUACCUCCUUCCUGCUGGUGUAUGUUUUGAACUCGAUGGAGCAAUCAAGUCCCGAGUAUUGCCUUAUGUGUCAAGCUCUGCUGCCAUUACAGUUCGUGGAAUGAUCGAUUCACGACCAAAUCUGUUGACAGGCGCUCGAGUCAUUGUCGUCGGCACCGGGGACAUGCGAAAGGGAUAUCGCUUUCUCAUUCAAGCCCUGGGAGCCGAAAGCGUUGAGGGGGCAUCGAAUCUUAACGCGGCACGACGUCUUCUGCAGUCCAACAAAGAAGGCGACCACGGCAAGAAUCAGAUUGGCUACAUUGUAGUCAAUAACAAGACUGAUGGGUUGGAGGACACGACAUCAUCCGACAAGCCAACGAAGAGCGAGAAAAGAAGCACACCCCUGCCGGGACCUGGUCGGAGCAAGGACGGGCAUUUCAAGAUCAUUAGCAGAAUGGAAAUCAAGCAGAGCUUGAUUCUGGGGAAGCUGUGGAUUCAAUAA